UCGAUUGAUCAUUUUCUAAUCAAUUUCAAUCAAUCAAUUAGUCAAAAAAAAAAUUUCAAUCAACGUGUUUUUUGUUCUGAUUUAUUUAAAUAAAUUCAACAAAAAAAAUGGUUCAUCGAAUCCAAUCAUGUCGGUUAUCCGAUGAAUUUAAAAUUGAAUUAAAUGAACUUAUUGAAUAUGCAGAAAAAUUUGAUGAACAGCAACGUGAAAUUAAUGAUGAACUGAAACGUUUACAAAAUGAUGUGGAAAAAUUUGGUGAUCGUGAACGAAAAUAUCAGGAUCAACAACGAAAAUGUAUUACCGAAUGUCGUUCGAUCGAAACCGAAGCAAUGGAAUUGAUGGAAGAAUUGAAAUCUAUUUAUGAAGAAAAAAUUGCUAACAUAAAAAAACAUUAUGAAAAACAAUUUCUUUCAAUGGUAACCAAACAUAAAUCGGAAAUUCAAACAUGGCGAUCAAAAUGUGAAACAGUCAGUGAAACGAUACAUUCAUCGCCAACUAAAGUAUUGAAAAAUGAAAAAAUUCAUCAUCAACAAGAACAAGAAGUAAAAGCUGAACGUAAACGAUUGGAAGAACGAAUUGAAGAACUUCAACGAGAAAAUAAACGUCUUAAAACACGUGUAGAAUCGGCAGAAAAUCGUAUCGAACAGAAUGAAACUAAACGAAAAACGAUUGAAAAUGAUUUAAGAAAAUCGAAAAAUGAAUGUGAUGAUCGUGAUGAUGAAAUUCGUAAACAAAAAUCGAAAAUAAAUGAACUUGAAACGGCUAUCAAUAAACAAAAACGUCAAUUGGAUGAAAAAGAAACAAAAAUAACCGAAUUAAAACGAAAAAAUGAAAAACUUGAAAAAGAACUUUCACAAGUUGUAACACCGAUCAAAUCAUCAUGGUCAUCAGCAUUGACUGCUGAAAUACCCCAUCCUAAAAUUACUGAUGACAAUGCCAGUUCUGGUUGUGGUGGUCUUUACAGUAGCAGUGAUAAUGAUAAUGAUGAUGUUCAAACAUUGAAAUCGAAAUUGAUUAUAAGUGAACAUGAUAUACGUGCUGUUAAUCGACGAUUAGAAAAUAAGACUGAAAUUUGUAACAUUUUACGUGCUGAAUUAACUAAAAAAGAAAAAGAUCUUAUUUUGGCUGCUGAAUUAGGUAAAGCAUUAUUAGAUCGUAAUGAAGAAUUAAGUCGUAUGAAUGAAAAAUUAAAUGAAGAAUAUACAAAAAAUAUUGAGCUAUUGGAACAAGAAAAAUAUGCAUUGAAAAAGAAAUUAAAUUCAAUCGAAAUUGAAUAUGAAAAUAAAUUACAUGAUCUACAAAGUGAUCUGGAAACGGCCAAAGAAAAUCUUCGUCAACAUGUUGAUAUAAAUAAACAAUCGGAAUUGGAAACAAAUCGUAUGAUUGAUGAAUUAAGUGAACAAAAUCGUAGAUUAACAGCUGAAUUAAAAGAGACAACUAAUCGUGAAUCAUUAUUGGAAAAAGAAAUAAAAUCAAUGAAAGAACAAUUCAGUGCAAGACGUAUUAAUUUUAGUGAUCAUCUUGGACAAUUAGAAGGUUUACGUGAUGAAAUAAAUUUACUUACAAAUCGUAAACGUGAAUUAGAGAAUAAAAUAUCAUUAUUAAAUGAAGAAAAAAUGUCCAUAUCGAUUACAUUGGAUGAAUCACAAUAUCGUAUUAUGGCAUUGGAAAAACAAUUACAAGAUAAAGAAUUAAAUUUACAAAAUCAACAAAAAGAUCUCGAAGAAUUACGACGUACAAUGAUUCAUUAUCAGAAUCGUAUUGAUUCAUUAAUGAAAAUGCGUACAUUUGAUAUCGGUACACAACAGAUAUCAUCAUUAUAUAAUGAAAUUGAAAUAUCAUCACAAUCAUCCGGUGGUGAUGAUCAUCAUCAUCAUAAUCAUAAUCAUAAUCAUCAUUCUCAUCAAUUACAUCAUAAUCAUCAUAAUGGUUAUUUAUCCGAUACCGAUGAUAUUGAUAUGUUUACUAUCGAUGGCCAUUGUAAUCGUUGUUUAAAGAAUAAACAAGAAAUUAAUGAUUUAUAUCAAAAACUUAAACAACUUUAUGAUGAUCUCUAUAAACGACAAAACCAAAUUGAACAACAAACAAAAGAUGAAAAGACAUCUGUAAUGUUAAAUGGAACAAUAGAUGUUAUGUCUUAUUCGAAUACAACAUCAUCUUCAUCAUCAUCAUCAACGAAUGGUGAAUCAUCACCUACAUCACGUAGUGUAGAUCAUAAUCAUGAUAGUGGUAUUCAAACAAAUAUUGGCCUUAUGGAUGAUUUGAAUAUGAUUGUUUGUGAUAUACAGGACCUCAUUAAAAAUUUUGAUUUUAUGUCACAAUGUUCAUCGUGUCAACAAUUCCGUAUCGAACGAAUGGAAUUAGAACGAUUACAUAAAAAAACGCAACAAGAUAAAGAAGAAAUUGUUAAAUUAAAAGCCGAAAUUCUUGAACAAUCAUCAACAGCAAUGAUGAAUAAUGCGGAAUUGAUUGCCGCUCGUGAACGAUUAGCAGCUUUUGAACAGGAUAGACAAGCAGAAAAUUUAUCUCAAGAUGAAAUUGUUAAACGAGCUUUAAAAAUGCGUGAUGAAACUAUUGCACGUAAAAAUUUAGUUGAAAUUGAAUUGGCCAAAAUACGAAUCGAAUUGAUGCAUGUAAAUAGUCAACUAUUAGAAACGAUUCAACAAAAAGUUGAAUUAUCACAACAACUUGAACAGUGGCAGGUUGACAUGGAAAUCCUUAUCGAAGAACAAUUAAGAAAUAAAUUAAGUUUACAGGAAAAAUCAUUGAAUGGUCAUUAUAAUUUAAAUGGUCAUGUUAAUAAUAAUGGUAAUAAAAAAGAAAAUCGAUUCGGUUUAAGUAAUCUGGCCAAAUUAUUAAACUAUCAACGAUCAUGAUAAUAGUUUUUUUUUCAAUGAAUUAUAUUGUUUUUUUCUUUGUAAUUAUUUUUUUAAAUUGUAAAUAAACUCCAAGAGAUUUGUGUAUGAAUAUUAAUGAAUAAAAAAAUAAAUUUUAAGAAUU